AUGUCCUUCCUCCGCAACGUCAAGACCUUCCUCACGCCCUCGUCGUCGGGGUCGCACCUGGCCGGCGCCGCCGACAGUGGCGGCUUCACCACCGCAAAAGCCGAGACAGACCUCUUCCCCGCGACGGACCCGGCGGUCGACGGCGACGAGUGCCUGCACGACUGCGCGUCAUGCACCGUGCACUACCCGACCAAAUUCUCCAUCGAUGAGAGCGACCGGCUCUUCGGCCACGUCAAGGGCUUCAACGUCCAUUUGCUCGUCGGCACCGGCAAGUCCGACUGGGUCCGCGACGUCACCGACGAGAAGGGCUCCGUCAUGCAGGCCGUCGGCAAGGUCGGCCUGGACCUGAGCGGGAAGCGUGGCCGCGUCAUGCUGAGCGCGAGCAACUUCCCCUCUGGCGAGGAGUGUCACGGCGACGCCGAGGAGCCCGGCACCAGCGACUGCAUGAUCCUCCCCAGUUGGGUCGUGGUCGAGAAGGUCCGGCCCAGUCAGGCCGCCAGACUCAUGAAGGAGGUCGUGGACAGAAGUGUCCGGAAUGACAUGCCGGUCGGCGCGAAAAGAACAGAAGUGGUCAAUGGGAAUGGCCAUGUGCCGUCGCCCGCUGCGGGAGAGCGUGACCAGAAGACUACUACUACCACUACCACCACUACGACAGGGCCGCAGAACGAACAAGAGCGGGACGACGUCCCGGACGUGGCUGGUUUGCAGAUUGGAGGCGGCGCGGAACAAUCAUCACAGCAAAACAGCUCACAGCAGCAGCAGCAACAAUCAUCAUCACAGAAUACAACGCUAGACCCGGCACCACUGCCGCCAUCCAUCUCCUCGUCCUUCAAAGUCCGCCCGAUCCCUCAUUCCUACCUCAUUCUCAUGUGCAGCCAAAAGACCCGCGACGCCCGGUGCGGCCAGUCCGCACCUCUCCUCCGCAAAGAAUUCGAGCGUAUCCUCCGCCCCAUGGGCCUCUAUCGCGACCUUCACGACGAUCGACCCGGCGGCGUCGGUAUAUAUUUCAUCAGUCACGUCGGUGGCCAUAAAUACUCAGCCAACGUGAUGAUUUAUCGCAGACAAGGACGGAAGAAAGAGGUGGGAGGGGACGACGUUGAUCUGGACGGGGAGAAAUUGGAGAAAGAGGCGGUACAACUGAUUUGGCUCGCGAGGGUGAGGCCGGAAGACUGCGAAAACAUUGUGCGAUACACAGUUUUACAGGGAAAGGUCGUCAAGCCCCAGAGGCAGCUAAGGGGUGGUUUCGAUCGCGAGAGAGGGGUGACGAGUUGGUAG